CCGAGGCUUGUCAUACCAUCAUCUCACGUGUUCCGGUCACAAUGUCUUGUUUUCAUCAGACCAGAGUAGCCUUCUGUAUCAGCUCAGUCGCGAGAGACAUAGGGGAUGCGUCCAUGGAUGCGCCUGUCGAGAUACGCUCUAUUUUUAUCAGCUCUAUGAGAGAACCAUCAUUUUUGUAUUGACCUUGUAAGGCUCUCUGGGUUUUAAUACAGUUUGACGCAGCGAAUUGGCGCGGAUGAAAAAAAAGAGGUUUCCUUUCCCUUGAAAAACCGAAGUGAAAAAUAUUACGUCGCUGAUUUCUUCUCUCUUUAAACAUAAGAUACUAUUUAUUUUGUUUAAUUUAGUUCUCACUAACGUAAUCCUGUGCAAAUUAUAUUGAAGCCACCGAUAUGCCUGAAUGAGUAUCGCAACCAAUUAUUGACAAUGCAUGGGUCGAGGGGCUUGUUUUUAAAGCUUGUGAAUCAUAAAUCUUGAUUUUUGGUUGACUCCGUAGCACGAUCAUCUUUACAGCAAGAGUACACACAUACAAACGUGCACACGCAUUCCACACCCAGCUGCCUUGGGUAUCUUCGAAACCUUUGAAUGUCUAUCGCACUCAGCAAUGGAUCAAUCAUAAAAGGUGUUAUACAAACAUACAAUGUUGUACACAUAGGUAUGGCAAAGGUAGCAUUGAAAGCUUAAGGGUUAAAUGUAGCUUUGAUGCUGCCGUAAUUUUUUUUAAAAUUUUUACUUGACAGUUAUCAGUUCCUUUAUUAGCUUAAAUACUCUUUAUUAGCUUAAGUACCUGGUUUGUUAUUACAUGGCUAUUAAAACCAUGAAGCAAAAAGUGCUUCACACAUUUCUAAGCAUAGAACCCAUGAUGUAUUAACAUGCUGUGUGACCCCAUUCUGUGAGCAGGCGCGUGGGUUGUCAUGGAUACAGACUCCCUGCCCAUGCAGGUGGAGAGGGUGGAGAGGAGCAUCGUCUUCCUGAGACAAGAACACAUGACCUUGCUGCAUGGACUACACCUGGAGAUCCUGUCCCUGCAGAAACGAUGUACUGAGCUGACAUGUGAGGUGAACGUGAAGCCUCCAGGCAGGUCCCAAGUGGAGCUGCUGGAGGAGGAGGAGCUCCUGGAGGCCCGCUGUAAGGAGGCGGAGGGUCGUCUGGCCGAGCGCCAAUGCACUCUAGGAGAGUUGCGGAAGGAGCUGAGCCACAAAGCCGGGCUGGUGGGCGCCCUGCGCUCCAACCUCAAAGACAAGGAGCGCCACUUCCUGGAGGAGCUCAAACGCCGCAGCCACCAAUCAACGGUCCUCAACACAGACCUCCGGAAGCAGACGGAGGCGGCGGCCUACCUGUCCUUCCAGCUCCAUGCCGCCAGGCAGAAGUUACAUCACCAGAGGCUGCAGCAGAGGCAGAACCUCAUCCGAGCCAACAGUCAGGGGUCGCACCACACACCUGAGCGGAACACCUUGACCCCUCAGUUGCCCUCUGCAGCCCCCGCUGGCUCCCCGGUGGUAAAGCCCAAGCGCCGGAGUGCGCGGUCCUUGUCGGGCCACGUUCGCGUGGAACGCUCUAGGGAGUGUGUCCCUCAAGAGCGGGUGAUGGGCCCUGCAGAGCCUACAGCUAUGCCUGACCCAGCCCUAUUCCUCCAUCCUCGCAAGCAUAGAGCCAAGGCACGGCACCACUCGCUGGCUCAUAGACAGCCCUUACUGGACAUAGGGAGGGAGGAAGAGGAAGGGAAAGGGAGUGGGGAAGGGCGUAUUGAGCCACAGGAAGACGCACAGAUACUGGUAGCCACAGCGCCCCCUGCUGCUGAGACCAAGGCUAAAUAGCCCCACUGUGACCAGGCCUUUAAAAUGCAACAUUAUAAUCUUGAAACAAAUAAUUGUAUUUAGUUUAAUGCUAUAAACUAUUGUCUUGCACCUUGAUUGAAUUAAUACUGAGAUGGGUAAUUAAAUCCUUGAUUAUAAUCCUUUUGCGGCACUACAUAUAGCUAUGUUGGACAUUCGUCAAGACUUGUCAAUUUUGAAAUAAUCCAGUCAAAGAAGUACCUUUAUAACUAAAUUAAAUAUAACCACUUGUCAUUGCUGUCAUAAUCUGAUGACACUAACAUUGCUCUAUGUACUAUUUUUUAGGUUGUUUUGACCUCUGACCUGUAUAGUAGUGAUGGACUUCUUCCAUGGCUCCUGACCAUGUCUUUUUAGGAACAACCAUAAAUCACCUCUGUUAGUUAUGUUUGUAUGUUUUUUGUUUAUGUGAUUUCUAGUUUGCUGACCAGCGGCUGAGAAACAUUUUGUGUAUACUCUGUCUGUAUUCGAUGUGAACAGUAGAGAUUUCUAUGAAUCCUGUGUUGUUUACUUUGUCACAGUUCAAGUAUCCAACUACAAGCACUCUCUUACAAUGGUUUUAAAUAUGGCCUCACAUGUAAGUACUUAUGGGUAUUUAUGUAAUGUGCCUCUGUGCUGUAUAUUUUAUAUAUCCUUGGAUAACCAAACGUAACUUCUCUUUUGACGAGCCACAAUUAGUAUCUCAUAUCUGCGCCACAGAAAAUGUUUUCAGACACAAACGGGCUAUCCAUUCUGGGUUCAAUGUUUUGUCGUCAAAGGAUAUGUCUUCAUGGUACUGCAUUUAGACCAGCCGAAUACAUGUUUCUCAGGCGUUCUUUGUGGACUGCACAGGGAGAAGAUUUGUUUGUAUUCUUUAAUAACUGAUGGUGUGUUGAGGAUUUUUCACCUCAGGGAAAAGAUACAAAGAGGAAAAUUGUUUAUUUGGAUUUGCAAGUACUGUAAGUGUGUUUUUUUUAAGUGAGUUAAUGACAGCGAUAGGAAGGGAGAGAAAGAAAAUCAUCCUAGGAAUCUACUGGUUUGAUCUUAUCAUAAUUCAAAAUGUACAUGUUUUAUGAAGGUGGGUUUUGUUGGGCAUAUAAUCUGUGAAUAAGUAUCCUAGAGGAUAGUUUGUAGGGAGCUAAGUUUACAGUGUUUCAGAAUUGCCAUCUCGUGGCAUUGAUUUGCACAUGUUGACGCUUAGUGGUGAGAUGAGGUAAUAGCAAUUAGUAUUCCACAAUGUAUGCUCUGAGAUUGCAUUUUGUUGAUGUUGUGUGAUUCUCAGAGUAUAGGAGUUUUCUUUUGUUACACAGUUAAAAGUUUUGCCUGCUUAGAGCCAUUCUUGGUAAAGUACCUUCUAUAGUAGAACCAUCAGAAACUCAAAAUGCACCUGUCCAUUGUUUGGCCAUACAGGUCCAUACUAAUAACAUAAUCACCACAUUACACUGAGUAAUUAUUUUUUAUUUAUUUUUUACAAUUGUUCACGUUCAAUCUUGAAUUGGAAAUAUCAUUUUUUAGAACUGGCUCAACUUGAGUACCAAAUGAAUCAGUAUGAUGUCCUUAUGUUUUUGUGUUGUUUGAACCGUAGCCUAUAUCUUUGGUGAGCAAUAUAUACAUUAAACCUUAUAUCAAUGUACUUGCAAAGUAUAAUAGCCCCAUGUAUCCGGGCAAUGAAUUGCAAAAAUUUCAAAUUAACAUAUUUGAAGGACAUUUUUUAGUAUUGUUAACUUUAAUAUGUUUUACAACUGCUUAGCAUAAUAUUUUUAUGGAUUGUUUAAGAAAAACUGGAUAUAUUAUGUUUAAUGCCAGAAAACGUUAGGUCUUUUCUUCAAGGUAAUCAUAACGUUUUGAGCAGCAUCAAGUUGGAAGGACCUUGUAAUUAUAACCAUGUCCUUGUAUCCAAGUCAAUUUAAGGAGGUGAGGCCUAUAUCUAAAGCCUCUGUAGUGGCAUUUAACUUUUACCCAGCAAGCCAAUAAUCCCAUAGCUUUUGAUAACAUAAUUCUCAUUCACUCUUCCUGGUGGUGGGACCUGCAACUUGACUGUUAAUCUUUUUUUUUCUUUAGACAAUAUAAUAUAUCUGCUGGGUAUUUGGGGUUGUAGUGAUGUGUAUCGUAUUUUGCCACGGCCUGCCACAUCCAAAAAGGACAUUCUCUUUGAACUUCCUUUUCUCCCUUGGAGUUAAUCUACUUAUACUUAAACAGAUGUUGGUCUGUGUGGAUCUGCUCUGAGGGAGGACUUCAGAUAAUGAGCCAAAGAGGCUAACCACAAACUGAGUUGAAUGGUUUUAUGCCUUAGAGAUGAUUGAUGAGAUUGUUUUUCCUGUGCAUAUGAAUAACUAGAAGAAUUCUCUAUCUCACAUGCUUCGCUAUUCCACAUUUCCAAAAGACAUUCUCUUGAUCUACCUGCAUGAUUGAAAUAACCAGGGAAGUACUUCAUCAUCAUGAAGAGUACAUAUAUUUAGUUUUGCUGCAAAUUUUUAGCCUUUUAUAUCCUUAGUCAAUCUUGUUUGAGCUCAAUGAGAUGGGUCUAAUUGUGCACGAUGUGAUGCAACUCAGAUCUUUUGUCUUUGGCAGCAUAUUGCAUUGCAUCUUGUUUGACUUGAUCUGUUUUUCAGUUGUUUCUAGCAAUAAUGCAGUAUGGCACAGCAUUGCUUCCUCCAACACUUUAGGAACCUAUUCAAAUUCACAAACUCACUUCUACUCUUACUUGAGGACAUACCUUGUCUGUCACGAUUGGAUAGGUGAAAAUGUGUGCACCCACGCACGGUCAUUCACCAAUAGUCUUAUCAGAUAAAAGUGAUCUCAGAUAAACAGAAGGUUAUGAUGGAUGCAUGGAGCCCUGACUGGGACACACUGUCAUAGGGGAGAACGGGACAUUUAGUUUUCUGGUUAGACAAACUCUAUUAGUCUGUCUUUAUUUACCGCAUAUACUGUGUUAUCUUACGACAGUAGAGCUUAAAGCUGUACAUUUUAUUCCA